GUUUAUGUAAGUAAAAUGGCAAAGAAUAUGAUGGCAAACUAUAAAAAAUAUUGGGGGGAUCAAGAUACACAAAACUUUUUGUUGUAUGUGGCUGUUGUGUUAGAUCCACGUUUCAAAUUGAAGUAUGUGAGAUUUUGUUUUGGAAGAUUGUAUGAUGUUGAAGAGGCUGAAAAUUUUACAAUUAAGGUUAAAGAUACUUUGCUAAGGUUGUUUGAGCAUUAUAUGAAUGUUGAUGAGAAUGUUGAGGUUGUUCAUGGUGUUGGAACUAGUAUAAAUGAAAAUGUUAAUGUUGAUUUAAUGGUGGUAAAUGAUGAUAUGUUGGAUGACUUAGCUUCUCAAUUCAAAAAACAUUUAGAGGAAGAAGGCGGUGUACAAAAAAAAAAUGAGGUUGAGAGGUAUUUAGGUGAUGAUUGUGAGGAUCCUAAUGAUUUUAAAUUAGAUAUUUUGGGUUGGUGGAGGUGUAAUGCUACAAAAUACAAGAUUCUUUCUAAGGUGGCACAACACGUGUUAGUUAUUCCGGUAUCUACAGUUGUUUCUGAAGCAGCUUUCAGUACUGGUGGUCGUAUUUUAGAUCCAUUUCGAAGCUCUUUAUCUCCAUCGACAGUGCAAGCACUGGUUUGUUGUCAGAAUUGGUUGAGUUUAGCAUCAAUUCCAAUCAACAUCAGCAACUACAUGUAUUAUAUUGAAAAUUCUGAGAUGAUUGAGUCAGAAUUUGGUGAAAGUUUAAAAAUCUCAACUGAUUGUUUGUAAGCAGUAUUGGUGGCUUGGUGCAAUUUUGGAAUAUAAUUGUUCUGGCAUUAUCCUUACUGGAAUUUUUGGAUGCCCAUGCUUCUGUUGCUGGAAUUUUUGGAUGCUGGUGUUGCUGUGUUUUUUUCUUCAAACUAUGCC